AUGUUAAUAACUAAAAACAAUAAGAAGAAAAUUAAAAAAAUCUCGAAAAGAGGAACUAAUAAAGCCUUCUUACAAAAAUUGUUAAGUGUUGAAAAAUUAACAAACCUUUUAAAAAAAAAACAAAGGAAAGUAAGUUUAGCAAGAAAAGCACAAAAAAAGAUAUAUCAUAAAGGUAAAUUUAAAAUAACAGAUAUUAUUAGUAUACCAUUAAGAGGGGAAGUAAUCAAAAGAAUAAUAAAGCCAAAACUUCAGGGCAUCGAUUUAGUGGUUGAUGAAAUGGAUCAUAAUCCCAUAAAUGAUAUAGAAAUCUUAUUUUAUACUCGAGAACAAGAAGAGGAAAGACGACAAGAAGAGCCCGAAGAUUAUCCAUUAGAUGCUUGGGAUAAAGACGUCUUAGGGAUUGUAUCAGAAGACGAACCGCAAUAUAAAAAUCCAACAGAUUUUAUAUAUCAUUGGGAGUUUGGAAUAUUACAUCCAGUAGCUUCAUUUGAAGAAUUUUUUGAAAUAGAUUUUAAUCAUGUUGCUCUACAUAAAGUAGAUAGUUAUGGAGAUUUUGCAUUUUAUGGAAAUGAUCCGUAUGUAAAAACCUUCGAAUAUCCUACAGAGCAGUAUUAUAUAAGUGAGGAAGACGCCGGACAAUUCGAAAUAGAUUAUUUAUUACAUUAUUCAACAAAACUAGAGAGACAUUCACAAUAUUUAUUAAAGAGAAAAGAAAAUUAUAAUCCUAAGCAACCACAAAUAUUGGAAACGGAUUCGAGAUCCGAACAUUAUUUAAUGAAUUAUUUUUAUUAUAAUAAACUCGAAAAUGUUUUAGAGAAAAAAGAAGGAAUAGAUGAUGCUGAAGUUUAUAAGUUUAUAAAAUUAGAUUUUGGUGAAAAAAUGGAGUUAAAAUUAGAGAAAUUUUAUGAUCUGAAUAGAGAAAGAAGAUUCCGAGUAAAAAAAUUAAGCCAAUCAAAACUAUAUGAGUUUGAAAAAGCUGCAUUGAAAGGUAUUGGUUUUGAUUGUUUUAUGCUUAUAGUAGGAAUAAUCAUAUUUUUAGCAUCUUCUCCAUAUUUAUUUUCACAAUUACCUUGGAGAGUAAAAUAUUCGCUUCAUAAUACUUGGUAUCAUAAUCUACUUGAAGUCAUAGAUGUACUUUUUAGUAUGCCUAAAGUAAUAAACUUAGAAUGGCUAUAUUUACAAGCUAUGUGGGAGGGAGAACUGACAGUACUAAAGAUAAGAGGUGGUAUAUCAGUCCUUACCGCAAUAGAAACUAUUAUGUCUGUAAUGUCUAACUAUAAAGAUUUAUCCCAGACAUCCCAGAUAAUAAAUUACUUAGCAAAUUUUAGUUUUGACAUAUAUUAA